GGAAUCCGGCAGGCUACUGCAGAUCUGGAUCCAGAUAGACUGAAAUUCAAGCGAGUUUAUUUGGGACUAAACCACGAAGGGCUUUUGUGUGCCACAGAUAUUCUCUCUCAUCAUUCUUUCCUUACUUGGACCUGGAUUAAUCCUAACAUGGAAACACAACAGUCCAAACCCACAGAGGACUCCAAAAGCAGAGAAGGUGCAGCUGUCGAUACAGAGCUGGUCACACAUAUAAUGGCGCAACAUUUCCGCCCAUCUCUCAUUGGCCCGGAGGCUUGGGAGGGCUACAACUUUGGUGACCUGGAAAUCCGCAUCAAAGAGUCCACAGAUCUCUACGGAGUGAUGUUAUGGCCCUCGGCUUUGGUGUUGUGUUACUUCUUGGAGACCAACCGUGACAAGUACAACCUGUGUGACAAAAAUGUGAUUGAACUUGGUGCUGGAACUGGUCUUGUCACCAUCAUAUCCAGUCUGUUAGGGGCUAAAGUGACCUCUACUGACCUUCCAGAUGUUUUGGGAAAUCUGCAGCACAAUGUUAUGCGCAAUACCAGGGGUCGUUGCAAGUAUGUUCCCCAGGUUACAGAGCUCAUCUGGGGCCAAGAAGUCAAGUGGCGUUUCCCAAGAGCAACACAUCAUUUUGACUACAUCCUGGCAGCUGACGUGGUGUACGCCCACCCCUACCUGGAAGAGUUAAUGGACACUUUUGACUACCUGUGUCAGGAGGACACACAGAUCCUGUGGGUCAUGCGUUUCCGCCUUGACCCAGAAAACAGCUUUGUGGAUCGCUUCCAGAAACACUUCCACGUAGAGGAGCUCUACGACCUCCCGAGUCUCAGUAUCAAACUGUACCGAGCCUGGAGGAAGGAUAAUGGAACCACGGGCCGUUCAGGACAGACUGCUGCUUGAAACAUGAACCAUGGCUGCUGAAUGACACAAGUGGUUAUGAAGCAAAAACAUGUUGCUUCAGAAAUGUCAAGAUGUUUUUUCUGUGUGAUGGUGUUUGGGAAAUGCACUCUCUUGUCUCUAUAAGUGUUAUUAUGUGAUAGAGGCUGUGGAAAUUCCCCCAAUUUUAGGCAGAAA